CGUGCCUGCUGCAGCUGACCGAGAUACAGGAGGUGUGCUGCGAGUUCCUGAAGCGCCAGCUCGACCCCACCAACUGCCUGGGCAUCCGGGCGUUCGCCGACACGCACGCCUGCCGAGAGCUGCUGCGCAUCGCCGACAAGUUCACCCAGCACAACUUCCAGGAGGUGAUGGAGAGCGAGGAGUUCCUGUUGCUGCCCGUCAACCAGCUGGUGGAGAUCAUCUCCUCAGACGAGCUGAACGUGCGCAACGAGGAGCAGGUGUACAGCGCCGUCAUGUCCUGGGUCAAGUACAAUAUCUCGGAGCGGCGACACCACCUGCUGCAGAUUCUGCAGCACGUGCGCAUGCCGCUGCUGAACCCCAAGUUCCUGGUGGGCACGGUGGGCUCCGACCUGCUCAUCAAGUCGGACGAGGGCUGCCGAGACCUGGUGGACGAGGCCAAAAACUACCUGCUGCUGCCGCAGGAGCGGCCGCUCAUGCAGGGGCCGCGCACCCGGCCCCGCAAGCCCAUCAAACGCGGCGAGGUGCUGUUCGCAGUGGGCGGCUGGUGCAGCGGCGACGCCAUCGCCUCGGUGGAGCAGUUCGACCCGCAGACCUGCGAGUGGCGCAUGAUGGCGCCCAUGUCCAAGCGACGCUGCGGCGUGGGCGUGGCCGUGCUGGACGACCUGCUGUACGCCGUCGGCGGCCACGACGGCCACUCCUACCUCAACAGUAUCGAGAGGUAUGACCCGCUGUCCAACCAGUGGUCGUCGGAGGUGGCUCCCACCUCCAGCUGCCGCACCUCGGUCGGCGUCGCCGUGCUCGACGGCUACCUGUACGCCGUCGGCGGCCAGGACGGCGUCUCCUGCCUCAACUUCGUCGAGCGGUGA